CCUCGUGUCACGCGAGAAGAAGACGCGCGAUCUUGACAACGUAGCAAUGUUUCUGUCCUGAACGCGUUUCUGGCGUCAGUCUGCGUGAACUCUUGCGGGUAUCGGUCUGUCCCGUAUGCGUUUGCGUUACCUGAAUCCAGGGAGGGAGGACGUGUCGUUCAGGGCCGUAAACCGCUCCGGUGGGCAGCGUUUGGUCUCGAGUGGCGACGUGUCCAGGAACUGCGCGAUGAGCUGCACUUAGACAGCAGCUCGAGGUGCUUUCAGUACAGCAGGCCACUGGCUUCUUCAUUCAUCUGAUAGUUUAUUUGUGGAAAGGACCGUUCCAACGUACAUUGUUCGUGCAUCGCUUUGUGACGUUCAAGCAGUAAAGCCAUGUCUAACAGGAGAAGACCUCAGCCUGGCCGCUUGUGCGCCUCGACUUUGGCAGUGUUUGCGGUGCUGGCUUUGAAUGUUCAGGCCAGGCCAGCAAAUAUAUCCGCGUUAAAAGACAAACACCCCAACAGCAAAGAGGACAAUGAGAUCCUUCCACCUGACCACCUGAACGGGGUGAAGAUGGAAAUGGACGGUCACCUCAAUAAAGACUUUCAUCAGGAGGUGUUUCUGGGGAAGGAGAUGGAGGAGUUCGAGGAGGACUCGGAGCCCAGGAGGAACAGGAAGAAACUUAUUGAAAUCUUCACCAAGGUGGAUAUUAAUAAAGACAGGAGUGUCAGUGCUAAAGAAAUGCAGCGCUGGAUCAUGGAGAAGACGGAAGAACAUUUUCAGGAGGCUGUUCGAGAAAACAAGCUCAGUUUUCGUGCCGUGGACCCUGAUGGGGACGGACAUGUGACUUGGGAUGAAUACCGUGUGAAGUUUUUGGCCAGUAAAGGUUUCAAUGAAAAAGAAGUGGCUGAGAAGAUAAAAAAAAAUGAGGAACUGAAAGUGGACGAAGAAACUCAGGAGGUUCUGGAGAGCUUGAAGGACCGCUGGUUCCAGGCAGAUAACCCUCCAGCCGACCAGCUGCUAAAUGAAGAGGAGUUCCUCUCGUUCCUGCACCCGGAGCACAGCAGAGGCAUGCUGAGAUACAUGGUCAAAGAGAUCGUCAGAGAUCUCGAUCAAGAUGGAGAUGGAAAGUUGACUCUUGCUGAGUUUAUCUCCCUCCCAAUGGGAACCGUGGAGAAUCAGCAGGCCCAAGACAUCGAUGAUGACUGGGUUCGUGAAAGGAAGAAGGAGUUUGAAGAAGUCAUUGACGCUAACCAUGAUAUGAUUGUAACCAUGGAAGAACUGGAGGAGUAUAUGGACCCUAUGAAUGAGUAUAAUGCUCUGAAUGAAGCCAAGCAGAUGAUCGCUGUGGCAGAUGAGAACCAAAACCACAACCUGGAACUAGAGGAGAUCCUUAAAUACAGCGAGUACUUCACUGGCAGCAAACUCAUGGACUAUGCCCGUAACGUACAUGAGGAGUUCUAAGACAAGUCUUUAUGAAAAAGAAUAGCAUGUAUAUAUCACUAAAGUGUGGCAGGGAUGAUCUUUGCUUGCUUCCCAGACUUAGAUCAACAAGUGCAUUCGGACACGUUUGUAAACGUACAGAACCUCGAGCCACAAAUCCUUCUGUAAUGUUGAAACGCGCAGAUAUGACAUAUUAAUAAGAGCUAGCCUUCAUGUCUUAGAUUUCCAUUCGAGCCCCAUAAAGUUCCAUCUAAAAAAAAAAAUGUUACACGUUGUCACUUUCGUCAGGUUUUUGAGUUUUGAUAAUUAAGAGAAAUGUCUGUAUAUGAGGAAUUGGUGAGGGGAAAGAUUAUUUUUUUUCACAUGAAGGUGGAAUUUGUUUAAAAAAGGAAAAAAAAAUGUAAAUAAUUUAUUAGUUUGGAGUGCCAUAAUUUAUAAAUGUUUUCACUUUUUGGGUGGGUUCCUUUUGACAGGGUUUGAGCUUCCUGAUGCGUGUUAUUUCCAAAGACGACGAGCUAGCAAAAUGAUUUAGGGUGGUAAUUUUGUGAAAACCGUAACAUGCAGGACUACACAUAGCACUUCUAUUUAAGAGCUCAUCAUUAAAUGCAAAAAUGAAAAAGUCUAGUUAAGGAAUCGUAUUAAGUGAGAGUUCAUAGGAUCAUUAAUCCGUCCAGAUGUGACCUAUUUGCACACUGAAGAGUUUUUAACAACCCCAUUAUGUCAUAAUUGUAUAUAGCUUGCAUAUUAUUUUAUUGCUUUUCAGAAUUCAGUCCACUCUGUUACCUCGGCAGCCUCCUCUAGUCAGAUGUUAGUCAGUAUAAUCGAGGAUCUUUAUUUCUUGAUGACUUUGAAGUUUAUCCAUUGACGUCUGUAUUGUAAAAAGUCAUUAAAAGUGAGUUAAUUUAAACAUAAGAGAGAAGCUUUGAGAGAAAUUAUAUUAAUAGGAACUAUAAUUUACCCUUUUGAGAUUAUGACAAAUGAAAGGACUGAUACAUGUAUUUUCUGUAUUUGAGAAUAAAGUUUUAUUAAAACACACAUUUGCCUCAUGAAAUUAGGCCAAUGUGUCCUAAUGACUGUGUAAUAAUUCAGCUCUAGGGUUGGUGGUGAUCAUUUUUGAGCAUGCUUCGGUCAUAGUUUAAGAGAUCGAUUUUAUUUUGCUAUUAAUUAUUAAUGGCUGUCUUUUUGGAUUAAUUUGUUUUGUUAUUGAAUUUUUGAAUUCUAUUGUGUGUUUAUUGGAUGUUAAAAUAUGAGCUGCUAACGUGUCCAGAAUUAUCCUUGUUCAUUGCCUGAUCAUAUUUUACAUUCAUCCUGUGGAAAUUAAAGUAAAAAAAAAACACUGA